AGAUGGUGCUAGUUGGUCGGGUGUGGUGAAUAACCACAGAGUGACGCGUAACGUGACUCACAGUAUACACCGUGAGGUUCAGCUUCGUUCUAGUCACGAAUUUUCGUUUAUUGGAUUUCCAUCUUUAUAUUGUUUCAUCGGGUUACAAAACUUCAGUAUGUCUUCUCGCAAAACUGCUGGUCGCCGUGCCACCACAAAGAAACGCGCUCAACGCGCUACAUCAAACGUCUUCGCGAUGUUUGAUCAGGCGCAAAUCGCGGAAUUCAAGGAGGCUUUCAACAUGAUUGAUCAAAAUCAUGAUGGAUUCAUUGAUAAAGAAGAUCUGCACGACAUGUUAGCAUCCCUGGGAAAAAAUCCUACUGAUGAAUAUUUAGAAGCAAUGAUGAAUGAAGCACCUGGACCUAUCAACUUUACAAUGUUCCUGACACUAUUCGGAGAGAGAUUGCAAGGGACUGACCCGGAAGAUGUAAUUAAGAACGCUUUUGGCUGUUUUGACGAGGAAAAUACUGGUCACAUAAAUGAAGAACGUCUUCGUGAACUGCUCACGACAAUGGGCGACAGAUUCACGGACGAUGACGUAGACGAAAUGUAUCGCGAGGCACCGAUCAAAGGUUCUAUGUUUGACUACCUGGAAUUUACUCGAAUCCUGAAGCAUGGCGCAAAGGACAAGGAUGAACAGUAGUGAGCGAACGCGGAUUCAUCUACAAGUCGUUUGCGUAUCUGAUACACAAAAUCGUAGAUAAUAUAUGAAGUAUUUCGUCCAUUCCUUGCACUUCUUAAUUCGUCAGAUUUUUGUUCAUCAAACAUCUUUAUCAGUAAACAUUUUUAUUUCAUUACUGAUAAGGAAAUUCUAUUCAAGACUUACAGGACAACUCUGAACUAUAAAAUAUGUUAAAAAAUUUAAGAAUUUCUAUUCUGCUUGCAUUUCGUUUGCUUUUAUGCUUCUACAGAAAUUAAAGUGGAAAGAUUGCUCAAAUAAGAGUAAUCGUAAUGCAUUUAGAAGCGCAAGGUGCGUAAUAUAAAAAGAUCUUCGCGUGCUAUUCGCCGUCAGCCG